AGUUUUACACAGAAAAAAAAAAGGAAAAAGAAAAGAGGAGAGGAGACGUGAACCAAAAAAAAAGAUUUUUUUUUUCCUUUUUUAAAAUUAUUAUUAAUGGAAGAACAUCUCAGUCCCCUGGUUGUGACUCAUCUCCUGCAACACACACUGAGAAGCUUAUGCAUCCAUGAAAAUUCUCAGUGGGUUUACGCUGUUUUUUGGAGGAUCUUGCCAAGAAAUUACCCUCCCCCCAAAUGGGAUGGUCAAGGAGCAUAUGAUAGAUCAAGAGGAAACAGGAGAAACUGGAUAUUGGUGUGGGAAGAUGGGUUCUGCAACUUCUCAGCUUCUUCGGCGGAGAUGAGCUCCGGCGAGUGUUCCGCCGGCGCCGCCGCCGGAGGAUCGUCGAUGUACGGAAACUGUGAUUUGCAACAAUACCAAGGGCUUCAACCUGAGCUUUUCUUCAAGAUGUCUCAUGAAAUCUACAAUUAUGGAGAAGGGUUGAUAGGAAAAGCAGCUGCAGAUCACAGUCACAAGUGGAUUUACAAAGAGCCUAACGACCAAGAGAUCAAUUUCUUGUCUGCUUGGCACAAUUCUGCUGACUCAUACCCUAGGACAUGGGAAGCUCAGUUUCAGUCUGGAAUCAAGACCAUUGCCCUGAUUGCUGUUAGAGAAGGUGUUGUCCAAUUAGGAGCUGUUCACAAGGUGAUUGAGGACUUGAGCUAUGUGGUAAUGCUAAGGAAAAAGUUCAGCUACAUAGAGAGCAUCCCAGGAGUCCUGCUCCCGCACCCUUCAUCCUCCGGUUACCCUUUCAUCAACGGCUCUCCUUCUGACACGUGGCACUUCCCCGUCGCUCCACAUCCGCCGCCACCGGAAAACCACCACCACCACUUCUACCACCACCAGCCACCGCCGCUUCCGAUGAAGAUAACGCCGUCGAUGAGCAGCUUGGAAGCUUUGCUGUCCAAGCUUCCGUCGGUCGUACCGCCGCCGCAGCAAGGGUACAACCCUUAUCAGCACGGCAGCUCCAAAGAAGAGUUCACGAGGAGCACCCAUGGCGACCAAAACGACGCCGCUUACAGGGCUCAUCAUCAUCACCAUCAUCAUGUGGUGGGUGAGUGUAGUAACUAUCGCAAUGACAGUAAUGAUGUUUAUGAUGAUCAUAGCAAUGAUAAUAAUGGUAAUUAUGAUAGAGAGAAUAAGGUUAGCGGGUUUCUAAGUGAGAAUUAUUGAGUCUGAUAAAAGUUUUUUUUUUCAAAAUCUUCGUACAAUAAGUAUAAAUGUACUAGAGUUUUCGUACUCUGACAUUUUUUUUUGUUUUGUAAUGAUUUGUCUUGUUUCUAACAUAGUACGUAGAUUUCCAUGUUUCAUGGUAGUUGUGUUAGAUAUUCA